AUGUCGUCCUCGGUACCUCUACCAAGUCUUAUGGACAUUGUCCAGGACCUCUCCAUAUUACAUACGGCAUCUAUUUCGCUCACGCAACAAUCACUGAAUACCAAAAUGUUAGAUGAAGAUAUUACAAAGCCAGCAAAGACAAGUGUACAAAAGUUGGAGCAAUUCAAAGCAUCGACAGAAAGGAGUCAACGGGAGGAAGGGGUGGUCGAAAGUGGGUUCGAAGUUGCCGCAGAUUUCUUAAAAAUGCAACAACAACUCUCAGUUUCCAAGCAGGAAAUGAAUACGCUACAGGAGCGCAUUGCAGGGCUAGAGAAGGAAUUGACGGAAGUGAGAGAGCUGAUCGCAUUCAACCCUGUCAAAUAA